UCAAUGCAAUUUGAAAAUGCAAGGUUUGAAUGUCGUCUUCUGUUUGAUUAAUCUUGGUCGAAUUCAUGGGCAAACUGAUAUCACAGAAGCUCAAUCUUCAACCCCAGAAGGAACUACAGCUGCAGAAACAACGGGGACAGGUUCAUCAACAACAGGGACAGCAACCUCGUCAACAGGUUCAUCAUCAACAGCGUCAACAGCAACCUCCCCGACAGGUGCUUCAGUCAGACCCUCUCCGGUAACUUCAACAACAACAACAACACCAACUGCUACUACAACAACAACAACAGCAUUGUUUACUCUUCCAACCCUUCCUAUUCUUCCCUUCCCUACAGAAGAUCCUUCUCCUUCAAUUCCUUUUGUUCUUCCAGACUUUUCCCCUUGCCCCCAGAUUGAUGGGUUUAAUUGGAUAUGGGUUGUAAUAUUUGAACCAGAUCAAUCAGGUGAGUUCCCUUCAGUGUGUUUACCACAAGAACAGGAGACAGUGUCAACCCUACCAACACUUCCAACCCCACCAGUUGUUCCAACAUCUUCUACUACAACAGAACAUCAUGAAGUUGAUCAUCAUGAGCAUCAUGGAUACUGGCCUAUACCCUUGGGUUACUAUGAUCCAUUUAUUGAUCCCUUCUUUGUAUCCUUCUAUGAUCCGUUUUACGAUCCAUACCUAAGUCUUUACUCAGUUGACCCAUUCCUAUAUGAAUCCCAGCUAGGAUGGUUCAGAUCUUCCAGUGUUUCCGUAAAAACUUUGGACGAAGAUGGUAGAUUUAAUAGUUCUCAACUAAUCAGGUCAAUAACUGGCAGAGGCCAAACAAAUAAACAGAAAAAGAAACCAAAAAAAAUGGGGAACCAAAAAACGAAAAAGUUUGCAAAUCCCAAGAAAAAAGGAACAAAUCUGAAGAAAAUUGAGUCAAAGAGAAGAAUUUCGCGUUCCAUCGAUAAUUCUGCAAUGCAAGUUUGGCAGACAAAUUGGGAAAAAUUUACCCAAAAGAAGAAAAGUUCCGCAACGUCCACGGCACAAACAAAAAAAUCAAGGAAAAAAUCCAGUUUGGUGUCCAAACAUCCUCAGGCUUCAAGACAAAACAUUGGAAAUAAUUUAGUUAAAACCCCGGUCUCAAAACAGAAUCCAAGUCCUGCUAUUAACGCAGUUUCAACGCAUAAAUUAGUUUCUACAAAGAAACCAGUAUCCGCCAAUGUUGAGGAUUUCCUAUCUCAAGUUGUUGAAAAAUAUGGGAAUAAAAACACAGUUGUUUUACCACCAAACAACUCAAAUUACAAUAAUGCUGCCCAAUACAACUUCAAUAAAAUCAACAUCACCGACGAGACAAACAAGACCAAGUUCAAGGAAGAAAUCCUCGGAAUGUCUUCUGGCAAAAGGGUUGAAAGAAUGAUAAGAAGGUUCAGCAAGGAGAGUAUAAAAGAUAUGCUCGAGCUGGGACGGAUUGAGGAGAAAAGCUUGCUCAUUGCAAACAAUAAAUAUCCAAGAGCAAAAUCAAUUACUUGGAGAAAACUACGAAAACUACUGACACAAGGAGUCAGGGGUCCUAAUCUUAACAGGUCUGGAAUAUCCAGGUUUAUUAGAUCAUGGUUCCCCUCCUCCCUCUCCUCCUACCAGAGAGCUAUCAAGGAAACCUUAAACCUGGAGAGAAAAUUAGAGGAGGAGAAACCUAUUCAAACCUUUACCAUACCCUUGUCAGGACAAGAAGGGGCGGAGGACUACAAGAUCAAUCUUUGUGAAUAUAUUCUUGAAAACAAAUCCAUCCAAACAAAACAAGAUUGCAAUAAAUGGCGAAGCUGGAGAAGAUUGGCGAGGAAGAAGAAGAUGAAAACAGUAAAUAAAAAGAAGAAGAAGACAAAGAAGAAGAAGAAUGUGGAAAAGAAAGGAAGAAAGCAAACAGCUCAAAAUUUUAUAAAUAAUUUAGUUCAAAAUUCACUGUCUCAGGGUUUGAAACCUACAUUAAUUAACAUCUAAAAAUGGUGCGUACCGGAAAAAAAGUCAAUGAUUCUAUUUUUGGAUAUUUUCUUUAAAUUUGGUUUGUCAGAUUUUACAUAAAUUUAGA